AAUAAUUUAUCAGAAAUGGAACAAAAUAAAACAAGCGAGCAGAGCGAGUUAUUCCGCAUUGAUAAAACUUCAAACAAGAAUUCUCUAAAAGUAGAUGGUAGAAUUCAAAAUAGAACAAACCAAUUUUUAAACAACAAAGAUGCUGAUGAACUUAGAAUUAACAGAAGUGAGCACAAUGAAGCGAGCAGGAAAGUGAUAAAAACCCAAAAGUUUGCAAAGAACAGAAAUUAUAGGAAGAAAGAUCGAUCCGACACCAAUAUUAUCACAGGCACUCCGGCUGAGAAGAUUGAGCACACUAUUACCCAAGCUCAAUCUUUAUGGGAAGAAGGAAUGGACAUUAUGGAUUAUUUCCUAAUUUUGAGAGAUACCAAGUUUGAGCUCAUUGACUUUCCACUUCUUCAAGGACUGAUUAAAUCUGACAAAGAUCAUAACAUUUUAUUAGCAGUAGUUGGACUGAGAAAAUUGUUAUCUCUUGUUGACAAUUCUCCUGACCAGUGUGUAGUUGAUGCAGAUCUGCUCCCUCUUCUAAUUACUCUGAUAAGUAGAGAUGAUUUUCCUAAAAUUCAGUUUGAAGCCUUAUGGUGUCUGACAAAUAUUGCUAGUGGCAAAGCAGAGCAUGUCAAGGCUCUUGUUGAUAAAGGUACCAUCCCUGUCUUCAUCAGCUUGCUUGGGACCACCCACAGAAAUGAAGAUGAAACUGAGACCUACCACAACUCUCAUCGGCAGAACAUUGUAGAGCAGAGUAUCUGGGCUUUAGGAAAUAUUGCUGGUGAAGAUACUUACUACAAAGCGAUGAUUUUUAAAGAAGGAGCUCUGAAGCCACUCGUGAAUAUUCUCAAGAAUGCAGAACCAAACUCGAUGAUGACGAGGAAUUGUAUGUGGUGCAUCACUAACUUGUUGAUAAACAAGCCUUUUCCAACAAUUGAAGAGCUUGUAUAUAUCAUCCCAAUAAUCAGUAAGUGCUUGAAAAGUAACGAGAAAGAAGAGAUUGUUAUUGAUGGCAUAAGGUUUAUUACAUACAUCUCAUAUGCUGGCAAACAGACAAUUAAUAAGAUGAUAGAGCUUGGAAUCAUUGAAAUACUUAACUCCUACCUCAAAUUUGCUGAUGAUAUUAGCAAUGAGAUAAUUCUGCUGUGAGUAAAAACACUCGGGAACUUUGCAUCAGCAGAAGAAGAACAGACUCAGGCUAUUAUUGAUGCAGGGGUGCUGCCUCAUUUCCAUGACUUGCUAUCUCAUCCAGAUAAAACUAUUGUCAAGGAGGUUUGUUGGGCAUUAUCCAACAUCUGUGUUGGACCAAAUAAGCAUAUAUCAGUUUUGAUUGAAUUAGGAACCAUUAAAAAGUUGAUUGAAUUAGCUAAAACUGGUGAGCAUGAGGUCCAGAAAGAAGCUGCUUGGGCGAUAUGCAACUUAAUUUAUUGCAAAGAUAUCAAAAUUAUUGAAGAAAUUGCUAAAAAGGGAGGAAUUGAAGCUAUUUGCUAUAUUUUAAAGAACAUUGUGGACACUAAAAUAGCAGUCAUUCUGCUAGAAGGGAUUAUUAAAUGUCUUGAAGCUGGUAAGAGAGGCUUCAUUAACGAAAAUGGUGAAAAUGAAUUUGCUCUGAUUGUUGAUAAUUGUGGAGGGCUUAGUACUAUUGAGAGUUUGCAGAUCCAUCAAAACCAGUAUGUUUAUGAGCUCUGUUGUAAGAUUCUUGACGGAUAUUUUAUAGAAGAUGAAGAUAAUAGCAGUGUAGACUUUAAUAUCAUGAUUAAGCAAUUCUAAUUAAAUUAAUUAGAACCAUUUCAAUAAA